UGUAUGAAAGUGAAAUAUUUUGAAGAUGUUGUAUGAAAUUGUAAUAGACCUCAAACCUGAUGUGGUACAAUGUAAUUUACCCAUAUACUAUCUUUCAUGAUAUUUAAAUUCAGUACCUCGUUAAACAAAUCAGUAGAGCUUGAGUGUUAUUAAACUUAUGUGACAUUACCUCAAAACAAAGUCCUAUAUAUCACAUUACCAUAAUGUAGUACUCACAAUAAAAAAAAAAUAAAGAAAAAAGCUACAUUUUUGUUAUGUAAUUUGUAUGAAAUCGCAUAAAUAUGUAUAUAAGCGAUCAGAGAGAAGAUAAAAAAUAUGGUAGAAAUAGAGGGUAAGUGUAGUACUUUUCAUAUUUCUAUCGUUUCGCCUAAAAAAUCUUUUUUUUUUUAAUACAUCGAUAUUUUUACACUAAGAGGAGGAGAAAUCCGGCUAAGCCACACAAUGGGCAACCUAAUUUGAUAUCGAAUUCGCUAUCCACGAAAUUCAAACCUCAUACCUUUUACUAGAAAAAAAUAUAUCAGACUAUAGUACUGAGUGACGCCUAAAAAAAUCACUUACAUACGAAAGAAAACUAUAGCCAACCCUACUAUGACCCUCCAUCCCAUGCAUGCAAAUUCUUAUUAGCCAGAAACAUCAAUCCAUCUGAGUUUCCAUUCUCUCUCUCCCUCUCUCUCUCUCCCCCUCUAAAUACACAAAUGUCAGCCCAACAAAUCGCGAGCCACAGAGAGGACGCCGAGAUCUACCACGGCGAGGCCCUGUGCAGGCAGAAGUCCCGCGAGCUGCCCAACAAAAUGUGCCUACCACGUGGCCUCCUUCCCUUGGACGACGUCGUCGAGUUUGGCUACAACCACACCUCCGGCUUCGUCUGGCUCAAGCAGAAGAAGAGAAAAGAGCACCGGUUCCGCGCCAUUUCCAAAACGGUGUCGUAUGACACGGAGGUGAUGGGGUUCGUGGAGGAGCACCGGAUGCGGCGGCUCUCCGGGGUCAAAAGCAAAGAGCUUCUGAUUUGGGUCUCCAUUUCGGAUAUCUACGUCGACCCUAAUUCGGAUCUGGAUAAGAUCACGUUCACUAACGGCACCGGAUUGUGUAGGUCGUUCCCCGCCACGGCGUUUGGGCUUGAAGGAGAAGAGUAAAACGGCGACGGUGACGGGAGAAAAUUAAAGCUUAAUUAAAGCUUUUAAUUACGAGAUUGAAUAAAUUUUCUUUUUAUUAGUUUCAUUUCAUUUGUGUAUGUAUGAUUUUUGUGUAGGGCCAACUAGGAUAACCAACCACAACAUGAUUAUCAAAUUAAAUUAU